CGGGAGCAGCGGCGGGGACGCGGCGCGGCGGGAGCGGCGAACCGGCGGAACGGGGCAGAGCGGAGCAGAGCGGCGGCGCCGGAGAGGAGGAGGAACAAAUAAACAAUCAUAAUAAUAAUUCAUAAUAAUCGUAAUCGUAACGAUAAUAAGAAUUCUUUUAUAAAACAAAAAAAAAAAAAAGAGAGCGAGGAGGAGGAGGAGGGAAAAAAAAAAGCCAACAGCCCCCCCACACCCCCGAGCCCAAAAGAGGGAGCGAGAGAGAGCAAGAGCGCAGCGGCCGGGCGGAGCGGCGGAGAGGAAGAAUUAAAGCGAGCGAAGGAGGGAGGAGAGACAGAGCAGAGAGAGAGGAGGAAAGAGGAGGAGGAGGAAAAAAAAAAGCCCACAAAAACAAAGCGAUCGCAGUUGAUGUUGCUGCUGCAAGCUGGACUUCCAAAAACUACGGCGAGACCGACCGCUCUCCGCGCCGAGAAGAGUCUCCUCCGCUGUGCGUGUUUUUUUCCGCUGUGUGUGUAAUCUUUAACCUUUUAUUCAUUCUUAUUUUGAUGGCUUUCCUGAAUGGCUGACUGCGAGCUUCCCUGGACCUGGCCCCCAGACACCCGCCUCUCCUCCUUCAACUACUCUGCUGCAGAUCAGCUCUAAGAGAGAGAGAGGGAGAUCUUUGAAGAGAUUUUUUUUUUUUCUCCUCUCUCUCUCUCUCUCUCUCUCCCCCUCUCUCCCCCACCCCCACCACCCCUUUACUUUGCUCUCCUGGAGCCCAGACAAUCGACUCGCACCUCGCCCCCCCGCACACACACCUCCAUCGCCCCGUGCUUCUGCACCUUCGCCGGUACCGGGAGAUGCCCCCCCACCCCGACCCUCCUGAAAAAAAAAAAAAAAAAAAAAGGCAAAACAACAAAAGAGAGAGAGGAAAAGAAAGAGAGAGAGAGAGAGAGGGGAGGACAAAAAAAUAAAAAGACUGCUGUAAAGCUGAUCUGAAAAGCAAAGCAAACAAACUUUGAAAAUAAAGGGGGAACAGGAAGUUUGGCAACGGUGUCCAAUAGAUAUGGCAAUGGUAGUCGGUGCGUGGCGAGACCCCCAGGACGAUGUGCCCGGAGCUCAGGGAACGCAGCCUUCGCAAGCCCCGCCGGUGCAGGGACCCCCGGCCGGGGCCCCGCACACCCCACAGACCCCGGGGCCCGGGGGCCCUCCCAGUACGCCAGCCCAGACCAACCCGCCGAGCCAGCAGAACCAAGGAGACAAGCAGCAGCAGCAGCAGCACAUUGAAUGUGUGGUUUGUGGGGACAAGUCUAGUGGCAAACAUUAUGGCCAGUUUACCUGCGAGGGUUGCAAGAGUUUCUUCAAGCGGAGUGUAAGGAGGAAUCUCAGCUACACUUGUCGUGCCAACAGGAACUGUCCCAUUGACCAGCACCACCGCAAUCAGUGUCAGUACUGCCGCCUCAAAAAAUGCCUCAAAGUUGGCAUGAGACGGGAAGCGGUCCAGAGGGGCAGAAUGCCACCCACACAGCCAACUCAUGGUCAGUUCGCCUUGACAAAUGGGGACCCUCUCAACUGCCAUUCCUACCUAUCCGGAUAUAUCUCCCUUCUUCUGAGAGCAGAGCCCUACCCCACCUCCCGCUUUGGCAGUCAGUGCAUGCAACCCAACAACAUCAUGGGCAUCGAGAACAUUUGUGAACUGGCAGCUAGGAUGCUCUUCAGCGCGGUGGAGUGGGCCAGGAAUAUCCCCUUCUUCCCAGACCUCCAGAUCACAGACCAGGUGGCCCUCCUGAGGCUGACCUGGAGCGAGUUAUUUGUCCUCAACGCUGCCCAGUGCUCCAUGCCCCUCCACGUAGCUCCUCUCCUGGCAGCUGCUGGCCUCCACGCUUCGCCAAUGUCUGCUGACCGAGUGGUCGCCUUUAUGGACCACAUACGAAUCUUCCAAGAGCAAGUAGAAAAACUGAAAGCAUUGCAUGUCGACUCUGCAGAAUAUAGCUGUUUAAAGGCCAUAGUCCUCUUCACCUCAGAUGCCUGUGGUCUCUCUGAUGUAGCCCAUGUUGAAAGUUUACAGGAGAAGUCACAGUGUGCUUUGGAAGAGUAUGUUAGGAGCCAGUAUCCCAACCAGCCAACACGAUUCGGGAAGCUAUUACUACGUCUCCCCUCCCUUCGCACUGUCUCCUCUUCUGUCAUAGAGCAAUUGUUUUUCGUCCGUUUGGUAGGUAAAACCCCCAUAGAAACCCUAAUCAGGGAUAUGUUACUGUCUGGCAGCAGUUUUAACUGGCCUUACAUGUCCAUUCAAUAAAACAUCCAAGAGAGAAAGAGAGAGAGAGAAAAAAAGGAAAAAAAAAACAAACAAACAAACACCGAGACAAAAAAUUUUAAAAAAAUAAUAAAAAUUCAAAAUUGAGAAGGGAGAUGAGAGUGAAAGGAAAGCAAAUGACAUUUGGGUUCUGGUUGUUUCUUAAAUUUCCUUCUGCUAAGAAAGGAUGUAAAAGGAUGUUACAAGUUUGCUAAGAGAAGACAGGAAAAAAUUAAUGGACUGUGAAUUAAAAAAAGAGACUGUCAAAUGAACUUUUACAGAAUGCAUUAAAAACUCCCGUGUUGUUCAGAAAAAAACUUGCUACUUAUCAUUUUUUUUGUAAAAAAUAAAAAAGAGGGAAAGAAAAAAAGAAAGAAGAAGAAAAGAAACGAUGGUGGGCUUUUUCUUUUUUUCUUUUUUCUUCUUUUUUUUUCUUUUUUUGGGGUAAACUUUUUAAAAAAUCUCGCUUAAAGUGCAUUUAAAGGAAAUUUGGAGAAAAUUAGCAGAACGGAAGAAAGUAAGUCUUUUUUUUCCAAAUUAUUAAUUGUCCUAUGUGUCUAUGUACCUAUAGCUGUUCUUUUUUGUAUUUUUCUGGUUUCAAACCAGUUUAUUCUGUGGUUCUAUAAUAAUUUUUGAUAUAACCUUGGCUUCUUUAAAAAAAAAAAAAUAAACUGUGUAUCCUUAAAAUAUAUGUUCUGAAAGAAUUAAAACUGAGUCCACGAAAGUAUCAUAGGAAGAAAGGAAAAGAGAAAAAAAAAAAACCCUCAACAACACAAUGAUGGAAGCGCACUUAAGGUGGUGACCCAAAAUCUAGCUUGAAGCUGAGAGAUCUAUAAUUAUAUAGACCCGAAUGAACCACACGUGUCAUAUAACUCCCCCCAAAUCUAGGUUUUUUUGAUAUUUCGGACAGAAAAUGAACUGUGGGGAUUUAUUAUAGGUAGAAGGAUUUUGUGUCCAAGACACACUACGGUUUUGAUUUAAAAGGAAAAAAAAAAAAAAAAAAAAACCAAGCAAACAAGCAAAGUGAACUUUUGUAAUUUGAAUUGGGUUCCACAUAGUUCAUCAUGAAUUGUUAUUAAACUCCUCUAUCUGUUUGUAUAUUUGCAAGCCCUUUGUAUUAUAAUAAUUGUUGAUAUUUUCCCUUUUUAAAAAAUACCAUUGAAAUCAGCAUGACAAAAUAACACUGUUGGCACUUAUAGAUAACGUGAUUGAUUCAGUAUCUUAGAGUUUACAGUUUUGUGUUUAAAAAAACUGAAGGUUUUUUUUUUUUUAAGUGCAACAUUUCUGUAUACUGUAAAAGUUAUAAUAACUGAACUGUUUGGUCGAGUCUUUGUGUGUUAUAUUCCAAGGAAAAUUGAAAGUAUUCAGAAAUUAAAAUAUUAUUUGAUAUCUGAAA